AUCUUAAAAUUGUCUAUGAAUGAUAAAACACUGAAUAUUGACAAAAUAUGAACGUCACACCCCUUUCCAUUGACAUAUUUUACAAUCAAGUGAAACGCAACAAAAAUGCAACAAACAGUGAAAUAUGAACGCGAAGGGUGAAAACUCAUUUGUAUACUCUAGCCUUUAAAUAGACUCCCUUUUUAGACCAGUUGAUCUGCCGUUUCUUUUUUUUUUCCUCCUCUGUCCCACUCUCCCUUGUGGCCAUGGAUGAAGUACUGGCUGUCCAGAGUCGGGACCCAGGAUGGACCGCUCGUCCAGAGUCGGGACCCAGGAUGGACCGCUCGCCUGUGUAUCGGUUGGGGACAUCUCUGCGCUGCUGAUCCGCCUCCGCUUGGGAUGGUUUCCUGUUGGCUUCACUAUGGACGGGACUCUUGCUACUGUGUUGGAACUGUCACAGUAUCAUGUUAGACCCGCUCGACAUCCAUUGCUUUCGGUCCCCGGGGGGGGGGUUGCCCACAUAUGCGGUCCUCUUCAAGGUUUCUCAUAGUGAAGUGAAGUGAGUUAUAUUUAUAUAGCGCUUUUCUCUAGUGACUCAAAGCGCUUUACAUAGUGAAAUCCAAUAUCUAAGUUACAUUUAAACCAGUGUGGGUGGCACUGGGAGCAGGUGGGUAAAGUGUCUUGCCCAAGGACACAACGGCAGUGACUAUGAUGGCGGAAGCGGGAAUCGAACCUGCAACCCUCAAGUGGUUGAAAAACACUGACCUACAGUAUAUAAAUUAACAUCCGGGUUAAAUCCCGAGUCAAAUGCGCAUGCGCGGACGAAUCCAACGAAUGAGGGUAGAAAAUGGAUGGAUGGAAGGUGAAAUUAGACAAUCUCACACUAGUGUGCUGCGGCACAGUGGUUGAAAAACACUGACCUACAGUAUAUAAAUUAACUUCCGGGGUAAAUCCCGAGUCAAAUGCGCAUGCGCGAACGAAUCCAACGAAUGACGCCGAAGAAUCAGCUCUACCUCGGUGACGUCAUGGCAUUCGGCGCCAUACCACUGGCGGUGUAUUUAAAAAAAAUAAAAAAAAGUCUGGUUGGAGCGCUAUUGUGGCGAAAGUCACCUCCAGUUCGUGCAAUCUGCUCCCCAUAAGACAUCUUGUUCUGGAAAAAGAGUUUAAUCCAAAAGACAGUAUGCCAUUGCAGGAUGUCUGCUUCCUCGACGUCCAGGGUUCCAUGCUGUCCAAAGGGGACAAACGGAAGUGGAGUGAGACUGAGGAGACUGAGUGCACCCCAACGGAGUUCAUCCAACAGUGGUCACCGGGACUCAAACCGCCACGCUCCAUGUGUAAAGGCAAAGAGAACGACUGCAAUCACUUUGUCAUCUCCCGGCGGUCAAGAAAGAGGAAAGAAUCUUUGUCAGGGAUUUCAUGGAACAACCUUCCGGAGGAGUUGAUUCUCAGGAUCCUCCUCUUCCUCCCGCUGCGCGACCUCCUCAGGACAGCGGUCAUCUGCAAACGAUGGCAUCGCUUAGCGUUUGAUGAGUCCCUGUGGCAAAGUGUCGACCUGGAGGGGAAGACCAACAUGGGUCUGGCUCUGCAGCAGGUGCUGAAGACAGGCGUGCGAAGGCUACGCUGCCCUCGCUCUUUUAUAGACAACCUGCACGUAACGGACACAUGCACACUGCAGUUAGCUGAACUGGACCUAUCCAGCUGCAUUGUCUCUACCUCAACCCUGGAGAGCCUCCUCAGUCGCUGUCAUCUGUUGGAGUGUCUGAGUCUGGAAGGUCUGCAACUCUCUGACACCAUCAUCAGCGAUCUGGCCAAGAAUCCACGCCUUCUGCAGCUCAACCUCAGUGGAUGCUCUGACUUCUCUGCCAACCCACUGGCUCACAUGCUACAGUCCUGCUCAAGAAUAGAGCAACUCAACAUAUCAUGGUGCAGUUUUGACAAUAAUCAUGUGAAGAGUGUCGUCAAUCAUGUGACCCCCAGUGUGACACAGCUCAACCUCAGCGGAUACAGGGACAGCCUCACGCUUGACGAUCUGAAGGUGUUGGUUUCAAGAUGUCCUGGCAUUCUCACUCUCGAUCUCAGUGACAGCACUCAGCUGAUGGCCGACUGCUUCCCCGUCCUCUCGGAGCUGGACCACCUGACGCACCUGUCCUUGAGCCGCUGCUACCACAUUCACAUCGCCGCCCUCACCAACCUCAGGAAAACCUUCCCAGCGCUGCAUUACCUGGAUGUCUUCGGCCUGCUGAACGACAGCCACCUGCCCUCGCUGAGGAAGGAAAACCCUGGCGUUUGCCUCAACUCGUGGCCUUUCUCCGCCGUCGCCCGACCCACGCCCGCAAGCGUCUCCGACGGGGCCGGCGGCGCCCACGGCAUGUGGAGCCGUAGGAGUCGACUGAGGUUUAAAUGAGAGAUUUUAAAUUGUACGCCAAAAAAUAAGUGAGGCUGUCAAAGCAGAAAAUGUCAAUUUAGUGUUGAGUGUUUAUGAUCGAGCGAAAGCUGUUUUUUAAAAAUACUUAACUUGAAUGUUUAGGUUUUUUUUAUCACGUCAGUUCAUGAGUCUACCGGGGAUGUUUCCACUCAAGCAGUGUUUGGUACGGGAAAGAGAUGACGAUUUUUAACCUGAUGUUUUAAUCGGUGUUGACAAAGUUUAUAUUUUUGAUAUGGAGCUUUAUCCUGGCCUAAACUUGUCAUUCCAGAUUGUUUUCACCCGACUUUAUUUUUCUACAAUAAAUGAUUGCAGCUAAGCGUGCGGUAAGAACCAGCUUGAUCUCUGCAAGUUCACUUCUCUCGUGGUUAUCAUGCUAGAACCAAGAUUUUGUACACAAGUCCUGUUUUGUGGUUCAACUUUUGUCAAUCGAGUAAACUACUGAGCAUUACAA